GGAAGACGAGACGGGACGUGACGACAGAUGCUGCAGUACAUAAACACAUUACCCACCUCCUCCCGCGCCAUCUUCUAGCUAAUAACCGGGCAGGAUAAAGCCGUGUGUCAAACCUCAGUGAGGCUCAUUUCUGUCAAAAAUACUCGGUUGUAUGAGCUGUAACGUUUCUGAACAAUGAGUGAUAUUGAGGAUGGAAACUAUGAAGGACGGGUUAUUGACCGUGAAGGAUUUGAAGAGUUUUAUCCAAGAAUGAUGAAGAAAAAUGUCAAGAUAAAAGAAGGCUAAUGAAAACAUGUACAGAGCAGAACAUAGAAGUGGAAAGGGAGAAAAUGUGACGGAAGAAUGGUGUCAGAUAGAAGCGCUUGCAGUGUAAUGGCUAAAAUGAAACUGGUUUCAGUUUGGGUGAAGAGAGGAAAAACUGACCUGGAAUCAGAAAAUGAGAAAACUGAAAAAAGAAGAACGAAGAAGGAUAGAAAUCCCGAGAACAGGGAGUAGCGUAAAGAAUCUGGAAGAAUGAAUGUGUCCCUAGGUUAAGUAAAUACACUGUUUGUGUCACAAAUGUCUUUUCUUCAUGCUCUUUAUGUAACAUGAAAAUGCAUGUUUUAUUUUUCCCCUUUAUGACCCAGGUGGACAUGGACAUAGACUUGUCAUGUACAUUUGAUUUAUAUGGUUAAUUAUAGGCCACAUUGUAAGCAAAUUAGUUAUUUAUUGGAGCUAUAGAAUUACUAACCCUUUCCUCCUCAGUACAUAAGCUGUACAAUUUAGAUAGGUGUACUGUAUGUGUCCAACAUACUCUACCACCACAUCUUACUACUCUCUGCUUAAUUGUUUUUCUGUAUAAAGAAAUGCAUGUAUUUGUCCAUGAGUAAGUUGUUAACAUGCUGUUGUGGCAAUAGGGCUCACGCUCCCCAUCUAAAUUGGAUCACGGGAGUCCUGAUCGGGCCAAGUCGGAGAGCAGGUCCGGCUCCCCAAGCCCAGCCCGGGCCCCCAAACGCUCGGAGUCCAGAUCCCGGUCUCGGUCCAAAACUAGGUCUCAUUCCAGGCGGCAUUCAAACCGCCGCUAUAGCCGUUCACGCUCUCCGUCCUAUUCCCGCCGGAGGAAGUCCCGCUCUCGUUCCUACAGUCCCGAGUACCGCCGGAAGAAGAGCCAGAGCACUUCCCCUAUGUCGAACCGGCGCCGACAAACUGGCAGCAGGAGCCAUGACUUCCCAAAAGAAUCAAACGGUCAUGGGGGAGCAGAUGCUGAUGUUAGGGCGAACCCUGACCCCAGCAAAUGCUUGGGGGUGUUUGGUUUGAGCCUGUACACCACAGAGCGCGACCUGAGGGAGGUGUUUUCCCGCCACGGUCCUCUGGCAGGGGUCAAUGUGGUUUACGACCAGCGCACGGGUCGCUCCCGUGGCUUUGCUUUUGUGUACUUCGAGAGAAUUGAGGAUUCCAAAGAGGCAAUGGAGCGAGCCAAUGGCAUGGAGCUGGACGGGAGGCGCAUCAGAGUGGAUUAUUCCAUUACUAAACGUGCUCAUACCCCCACACCUGGAAUCUACAUGGGCCGACCAACUCACAAUGGCGGCGGCGGCGGCGGUGGUGGUGGUGGAAGUGGCGGUGGAAGCAGCAGGAGGGGGAGAGACUCUCAUUAUGACCGCGGCUAUGAACGCUACGACAGAUAUGACGAGUAUGACUAUAGGUACAGUCGGAGACGCUCUCCAUCACCCUACUACAGUCGAUACAGGUCUCGCUCACGGUCUCGCUCUUACAGCCCACGGCGAUACUAAGUUCUUCUUUCAACAUUCAGCUUCCCUCCAAUAAUCAAUGGUGUGUGUGACUCAUCGAGGUGUUUCUGAGGGGAACAUUUUGGAUUAGCAUGUCUAUAUCAACAGAACUCUUACGUUUGAGAUGGUUCUUGUUUACAUGCAAUAGAUGUCUUAAGUUUUUUUGUUUUUUAGACGUUUUGAUGCAUCCAUGUUGCGUGUGAGCAAAGAAGUCUGCAACUGUUGCUUUGUUCUUAGACUUGCAUCCUUCCUUCCCUUUUUUCAUUUUCUGCAACGAUACUUUAUUUUUUUUUUUCCUGUUAAACGAUAUUCCUGAUCCCUGUAAAAGUGGUCCUUGUCAUGAUGCAGAAAAUAAACUGAGUUUUAGUAAAUAAUGGUGACAUUUGAUUUUUACAACCUGUAUUAAAUAAAUGAAUCAAUCCAGUAAAUCACAGCUUGAUCUCAGUGUUACCUAGCACUACCUGAGUUUACUGGGGAGUAGCAGGUCACAGGCUGUUAAAUGGGAGGGUUACCAGCAAUCGGUGGUUGGUUCUUUUGCGCACAUUCAUUUUUAUUUUUUUGUAGUCACGGAAGUCAUCGUUUGAGUUUCCCCAGAGAGUUUUAUGUAUUGCAUUUUUGUAUUGUUUCUUUGUAUGGAAAUACAAAUGUAUGAAAACUCCA